ACGAGAACAGUGGAUGGGAACAAGGAAGAGGAGAAGUCGGUGGGCUGUCUUCCGUCAGAAUUGUGCCUGAGACAGCCCCCACCCACCGCCCCUACCCCAAAUCGAGAAGGUCACUCGCCUGAAGACAACAGAGGCAGUAGCCGACAAAGGCGAGAGCAGGAAGGAGGGAGGGUGAUUCUCUCCUCCGCUCCCUUCCCCAGCGGGAUGGUGCUUACCUCUGCGGUGAACGCGGACGGCGGCGGUGCGGACGAAGAGAGCAAACCGCGGCGGAGGAGAAGGAAGCGGAGGGGGCGCGGCCAGCGGAAGAAGAACAGCCCCGAAGAAAUCCUCGCCUCGCUAUACGUCCGCCGGUGGGCCUUCCCCGACGCCCCGCUCAACGAUGCGGACGGCGAUGAUCCCGUCAGACCCGCUGGGAAAAUGGUGUUCGAGUUCCACUCGCACUCUACCUGCAGCGACGGGUUCUUGUCGCCGACGGCGCUUGUGGAGAGAGCGCACGCCAGAGGGGUGAAUGUACUUGCUUUGACGGAUCAUGACACCAUGGCUGGUGUAGCAGAGGCUGUGGAAGCUGCCAAUAAGUUCGGCAUCAGGAUCAUUCCUGGAGUUGAGAUAAGUGCAGUAUAUUCUCCUAGGGAAGAAUCUGAAACUGAGGAACCUGUUCAUAUACUUGCUUACUAUGGUAGCUGCGGACCUUCGCGGUUCGAAGCUUUAGAGAAAGUGCUGAGCAGCAUUAGAGACGGUCGAUAUCUUCGGGCAGAAGAAAUGGUGUUCAAACUGAGUAAACUCAAUUUGCCUCUUAAGUUGGAUGUCGUCGCGAAGAUCGCCGGCAAUGGUGUGGCGCCCGGAAGAGUUCAUGUGGCUUGUGCCAUGGUUGAAUCUGGUUAUGUUCAGAAUCUGAAGCAAGCUUUUAGCAGAUAUUUGCAUGAUGGUGGUCCUGCUUAUGCCAAGGGCACUGAACCUUUUGCCGAAGAUGUCGUUCGAUUAAUUUGCCAUACUGGGGGAGUCGCUGCUCUGGCUCAUCCGUGGGCAUUGAAGAAUCCUGUCGGUGUCAUCAGGAGCUUGAAAGACUCAGGACUUCAUGCGAUUGAGGUUUACAGGAGCGAUGGGAAGUUGUCUGGGUUUAGUGAUUUGGCUGAUAGAUACGAGCUUGUGAAAAUUGGAGGAUCCGAUUACCAUGGACGAAGCGGACAAGACGAGCCUGAUCUGGGCAGCGUCGCCAUUCCCGUCCUCGACGUGUAUGAAUUUUUGAUUAAAGCGCAACCUGCUUGGCGCGUUGCUAUGCAAGAUAUGCUGUCGGCCAUGGCGGACGAGCCCUCUGAUAUCAAUCUACAGAAGAUUAGGGCUUCAUUUCUUGGUAAUCAGGAACCAGAGGAUCCUGAGCUAGAUGCCAUCAGGGUUAAACUGUCCGGGACUGAACUUUGUAAUAGGAAGAAAUGCUCGUGAUAAGGCACACAGAUCGUUGGGGUUUCACUUUUAUUGAAUAAUUUUGAGUAUCAUCUGUAAUUUCAAUGAGAUUGAAAAGAAAAAGAAAAAAAAAAUACUACAAGUGGACUCAGAACUGCGAUUAAUUCA